UCCAGAUGACUUGACUGAGAACCCGGAGAUUAGAGUCCUGCCUGAGAUGUCGGAUUUCAAGGGUUUGUAUACCGUACUCGAGUAUUAAACAGUGACGGCUAAAGUAAUGAAAUCGCGUAGUAUGGCCUUCAGUAAGUAGUAAGGUUCUCCUUUCGUAUAACAUGGCUGGCUAACAAGAGAUCUAAAGCGCAAUGGAGCCAUCCUCCGAUCCUUCCCAUUAUCACCACACAUAUCUAUUCUCUAUCAAGUGUCUCCUUCCGCUUUCGUAUUCCCAUGCUAAUGUUGGAGGUCGUAGCUGCUUGGUAUGCUUGCUAUUGCCAUUGUUAUCGUUCUCCGCCAUCGUUCUCUGCCGUCCUUACCCUUGGCCGUUGGAAGGUCAUCACCUGCAGCCGUCGGAAGAAGGUCAUCGUCGUUGGAAGGUACGAGCGUCUGGCGGAAGCUACGAGCAGGAGCAAGAGGCCGUUGUUAUCCGGCGUCGUUGUUUGUCGCUGGAAAGCAUGGAAGCCAUCGGAAGGAAACAAGCUUGAAGUGACGGAUGCAUGAAGGCUAGGAAGCAGUGAGAAUUAUUUAAGGGGGUCAUUCCUUUUUUGGCUUGGGAGCACGGAAGGGAGAGGGAGACAUGUGUGGAGGAGGACGGAUAUGUGUAGUGACUGGUGGAAGAACCGGGGAGUGAUAUUUGAUUUCUUAUAUACUCCAC